AUGUGUGUACUGUGUACUCUGAGAAGAGCUCAUUCACAAAACCUCAAAACACACACUCUCUCCCUCUCUCUCUCUCUGACUCCACUCUGCUCUCUUCUCUCCAAGCCCUUCUUUUUCUCACUCACGAAUUUCGCCGCUGUUAUUUUGCUUCUCCUCUCGUAUAAAGAUACUAAAGUAUGAGCUGUAUGCAUGGUUGAUGAUGGAUGAGCAUUUGAAAGUAUAAAGAAGCAGGAUAGCAUGAGCAGUGUUGCGGAGAACGGAGAAUGAAAGGAAGGUAGAAAGCGCUGGAGAAGAUGAGUGUGGCGUCGAAGCUGUGCUUGUUAUCGUCGUCGUGGUGCUGUAUAGAGAGAUGUAGAGUUUUUAGUGCUCACACUUACUAUUACCCAAUGCUCAAUUGCAAUUCGGUAAAUAGUGCGAAUGACGAGCUAUUUCAACGAGGGUUAAGAUUUCGGGUGGAAGCUGCAAAUUCAAAUGCAAAUGCAAUUUCUUAUUCCAGUGACAGUCAUUCCUUUGAUCCAGACCUCCACUCAGUGCUUGAACUUGCCACCGAGUCAGAGUUGUGUGAAAUUGAAUCAAUUCUUUUUGGCCCCAGCUACUUGAGCCCUUUGCUAAAAUCCAUCACAAGCUCAAACAGAGUAGAGGAUGUUGAACGAACCAUGAUUGGCAUCGACCUUCAGCAACGACAACACUUCAUAGCUGCUCUGGAGUCCCGAUUUUUCUUCCUUGCUGCUGAUGCCCGCUCUACCUUAAGGGGUUGGAGACCAUCUUAUAGAAGUGUAUUGCUUCAACUCAGGAAAAAACUUAACAUUACUUGCUCAACCAAAUUGUCAACUGAAGACCUUGAACUAGAGAUUUUCCUCCACCUGUUGCACUGCAAUUCAGGGAAGGAAUCAGAAGAUUAUCUAGGUUUAUUGGACAUAAGCACAACGUCUGAUGGCCAGAGCAGUCUACAAGGCGGACUCAGUCAGUGGAAAGUUCAAUCUCUGGCCGCUUUGAAAGUUGGGGCACAAGAUCUUCGAUCAAUUAUUUUGAAGGGUGGUGGUGCAUUCACAUUGGCAAAGAUAUAUCAAUUGUUAGCAGGGAAAUUAUCUGGCAAAGUGCUUGCAGAAGCUGCUAACUACCAGAUUAAGAAAGAGCUAAUUAAGAAGGGUGGACAGUUAGCUAUUACGAAUCUAGAAUCCCGAGCAGCCUUGCUUGCAGCUAAACAGGGUUUUCUUGGUGCUGCAUCAAGAUAUCUCGGUUUUAGAAGCAUGAUCACAUUACUUGGACCUGUGCUCUGGGGAACAUUUUUGGCAGAUCUGGUCAUUCAAAUGCUUGGAACAGAUUAUGCUAGACUCUUGCGUGCAAUUUAUGCUUUCGCUCAGAUUCGAGUAAUUCGCACUUACAGACUGCCAGCUGACGUUACUGAUGAGUAGUCGAACUUCGUUCAUGGAAUCGAGCCUUGUUGAAGCAUUGGAGGAAUGUCAAUCUUCAAGUAAAAAGUUAUACUGCAAACUAUGUCCUUCCAAAAUGGAGUUUAGUUUGACAUCCUUAGUUGGACAAGACAACAAGGAAGUAAUCAAGUUUUAGUUCAUAAAGUUGUAGUAUCUACCUGGUUGUUCGCGAGUUGGGAUUUUAGAGGGGAAGAAAGGGUGAAAAAAGGGUGUAGUGUAAAUUCAAAAUUUAACACUACAAGUCUUCCCCUUCCUUUCCCUCCAAAAUUUCAACUCCCAAACAACCCCUACUAGUCACAGUUGGUUUGUUAGUUAGUUAGUUAGGUUAAAAGAUGUCUCUUUUCUGUUCUUUAUAUGCCUGCUGCUGUUUGGCUAUAGAGCAUCAACUACAUAAUCUUUAAAUUUUUUUACCAUGUUGGGUACUUUUGUUUUUUAA